CGCUCGGCAAGGGCACGUGAGCACGGGGCCGGCCGUGGACUGGCCGAAAGGAAGCGUUGGGGGGAGAAGGCCCCAAACUCCCAGCAAUGAAUGAGUGCGCGAGCCGGCGGAGGCCCGCUACAACCAGGCGGCUCAGUUUGUCCGGCUCGGUGAGCGGCUGUGUGCUCUGAUCCCGAGGAGGGCGGAAGGCUGGAUGUUACCCUGGUGGAGGAGGAGAGGCCGGCAGUGAGUGAGUGCCGGGUCCUGUUCCUCUUCCCUUCUCUUUACCCCCAACCCCCCCCCUCUCCCGGGAGUGGGGCCGGGAGCUGCGGCUGCGCUGGAGCUGGAGCUCGAGCCGAGUGAAGCGGGGGCCCCGAGGCCGAGGCGGAGGCCCUGGGGGCAGAGACAGAGAGCCAGGCCCCGGCCUCUGUCGCUCAGUGAUGUGGAGUGCGAGAGCCUCCCCUCAGCCAGCUGCCCACCAUGGAAACUCACGACCUGCCGAGAGAAGGCACCGACUGUGAGGAGCGCCCGGCGCUGAGCGGCGGCACCACCACCACCAGUACGAACAGCCCGAGGCUCCCGGGCCUGCUGUGGGAGCCCAAGUACAGCCUGGUGCAGGAGGUGGGCCGCGGCAGUUACGGCGUGGUGUACGAGGCGGUGGUGAGGAAGAGCGGCGCCCGGGUGGCCAUCAAGAAGAUCCGCUGCGACGCCCCGGAGAACGUGGAGCUGGCCCUGUCCGAGUUCUGGGCUCUGACCAGCCUCAAACGGCAGCAUGAGAAUGUGAUCCAGUUCGAGGAGUGUGUGCUGCAACGGAAUGGCAUGGCCCAGAAGAUGAGCCACGGCAACAAGCGCUCCGAGUUCUACCUGCGCCUGGUCGAGACCUCGCUGAAGGGUGAGCGGAUCCUGGGCGCCGGCGAGCCCUGCUACCUCUGGUUCGUCAUGGAGUUCUGCAACGGCGGUGACCUGAACCAGUACGUGCUGUCCCGGAGGCCCGACUCGGCCGUCAACACCAGCUUCAUGCUGCAGCUGACCAGCGCCAUCGCCUUCCUGCAUAAGAACCACAUCGUCCACCGCGACCUGAAACCCGACAACAUCCUCAUCUCCGAGAAGUCGGGAGUCCCCAUUCUCAAAGUGGCCGAUUUCGGCCUCAGCAAAGUUUGUGUGGUGGGCGGAGGAGCAGCCACUAACAAAAACGUGAAUGUGAACAAGUGCUGGUUGUCCUCCGCCUGUGGCUCUGACUUUUACAUGGCUCCAGAGGUCUGGGAAGGACACUAUACGGCCAAGGCUGACAUUUUCGCUCUGGGGAUCAUCAUAUGGGCCAUGAUUGAACGAAUAACAUUUAUUGAUGCUGAGACUAAGAAAGAACUGCUUGGGACCUAUGUUAGACAGGGCAGUGAGAUUGUACCUGUAGGGGAGGCAUUGCUAGAAAACCCAAAGAUGGAACUACAUAUCCCGCAGAAAAGGAGGACUUUUAUGUCUGAAGGGAUCAAACAGCUUAUUAAAGACAUGUUGGCUGCUAAUCCACAGGAUCGUCCCGACGCAUUUGAGUUAGAAACUAGGAUGGACCAGGUCACUUGUGCUGCAUAAAUUAUCUAUUAUAAAGGGGAUACUCUUGUAAAAGGCUGGACAAAUUAGAACACAAGUUUGCUGUCAAGAAUGGAAAAUUAAAUUGAACAGCUUCCUUAGAACAUACAGAAAUUGAAGUCUUUGCUGCAUUUAGAGCUUCAGCACUAGCUGAUGUCAGGACAAGGAAAGCUAUGCAAUUAAAUUGCUAAGAUUUUAUUUUUUUGGGGUGGGAGUGAGUGUUUGCCAUGCAAUAAGCUUGUAUUUACACUAUUUGGUUGUUUCUUCACUUUAUCUGAUUAAAUGCUGUGUCCUUGAAGAUUUAAUUGGGUGGAUUGAAUUCUUAAAGCUGAAUGACCCUAUGCUGAUUAACUUUUGUUUUAUGUUAAGCAUUAGAUGUUAUUGGCAAGAAUUUGAGCAGCUGCACUUAUUAUAUACCAGUAUGAUUGAUUUUUAAAUGAUCAGCAUGAGUGACCAGAGUGCCUUAUUAUUUUGUCAGAUUUGUUGAUGCUAUACAGAAUCCAAGGAGCUUUAAAUUUCAAAAUGUGUAUUUUUUUGAUAACGUACUGGAGAGCCAGUUUCUUUAAUAUGGCCUGGAUGAUGUGUUCUGGCAGGCUGAAAACUAAGGGUUAGUUGAACCAUAAAAUCAGGAAUUUCAUUGAAAAAAUUUGUUGAAUAAAGAACUUGACCAUUUGGAAACUGAAGCUAAACACUUGUGGUUAUUCUUCCUCCUUCUGCAGCUCCAUUCUUAGUGACCUUUGAUAAAUAGCUGAAACUUUGGAUCAAGUUAGAUCUGAUAUUUAGGGUCUGUACUUGAAACAGGACUGAAGGAAAUUGUCUUCUCUCUAGCUUAAAGGAUCUUGAAUGCGUGAAGUUUGAAAAAACUUGUCCCAGCUGUGCGUCUAAUAUAGAGCAAAAACUGCCGCAGCUCAAUGACAAGUGUGGGAUCUGGGAAAACCAUUCUAUAAAAGUGUACUUAGAGUUUUUAACUCUACUAAUUGAGAUACUGUAUAGCAUAGAAUCUUGCUCCAUGGCAAAAUAUAACAUGCAAGGUCCGUUAGUGGCGGUCUUAACUUUCUACUGACAUACCCGGAGAGUGCUGUGAAUAACGUGUGCUACUGUUCACAUCAGGAAUGGAAUCUCAACUUUAGUACUAUAACUAUUGCACAGCAGUAGAUAAAUCUAGGAGUUCUGACGCUGAUACUGAGUAACAAAUUAGAGCACCAGCAUUCUUCAGUGCGAACAAAAAAUCUUGUUACUGGCAAGUCUAGUUAGUAUGAAAGUUCUCUUUUUUUUUUCUUCCCUCCCCUCCCCUAGCUUAAACAUAUUAUGGAGGCUGGCUCUCCACGUUUUUCUGAACGGUUCUCCAUACUAAAGUUGCUACUGGAGUGAAAGCUGUGAUUUGUAUGACCAAGAUGUGCGGAUGCCAUAGAAUCCAGCUGUUUGAAAUCUGGUGAGACGUUAGCAAACUUCAGUAGAAAAAUGCAUCAUAUUUGCUGUUUAGUCUCCCUCUGUCAAAUGUUCAGUGUUGUUAAUUUUCUAAACAGCAAAAUUAGGAUAGUCACUUUUUGUGUUGUUGACAAAUUGAAUACUUGAGGAAUAUUUCUAAGAGCACUCAAGGUUUGAGUAUCUGACUCUUGGUGGGAUGAUAUAAAUACAAGAAAGAUUGGAAAUCAUUCCAAUUCAAGUUUAUAUAAAGAUGGCAAUUGGUGACAUUCAUUUUUUCAUGCGCUUCUGCAUAGUUUUGAAAACUUUCCAAACUUGUUUGUAAAUUUAUUUACCUUAAUUCUGACCCUUGUCUACAAGUGAUCUUAACUUUUUCUUUUUGGGGAAGUAGUCAUUUUUAUUCCAUAGUUUAAAAUUAUAUAGCUGUAGCUAUACAGUUUACACUUGACCGCACCAGAUUUUCCUUAGACGCAUGGUCAAAAAUGUAUCCGGUUAAUACAGCAACCUUUAAGGUAUAUUGCAGUUUUUUUAAAAAAAAAGUACUGCUGACCAUUAGUUGUGAAGAAUUUUUACUGCCAAGUUAUCAAUACAGGAACUCAUCCUAUUUCCAUUGAUCUAAACCAAAUUAUUCACUCUUUUUUUUCCACUCACCCAUGAAAUGGAGAAAUUGCAAGAUUAUUUUUACAUUGGUUGUGACUUGAGGCUUACCACUGAGCUAGCAGGCUUGGAUUUAACUUUGCACACUUCUGUUCAUUUGUUGUUAAGUGUAGAAAUGCUAGAUGAGACAUUGCUGUACUUGCAGAAAACUGGCUUUAAAUUUUAUACGAUUUAAUUGACAUUCCACUGAAGGUGUUCUUCCUGUGUGAAAGCUUGUUUAGGCCUAACACAGUUGGAAGCGGGGGUAGAUUCUAAUUCUUUGCUUUUAAAGUAUUUCAUUUUGAUUUGGAAUAGAGCUGAUCCACUGCCAAAUGACAGGCCUGUUAAUAUUGCAUGUGGAUGGGAUUAUGAAUCUGUGUAGUUACCCUAUUGUCUUCCUAACCUAACAGAGGGCUGAGAAAGACUGAUCUGUAGUGUUGCAAUGAUCAGUCUUCAUAUAUUGAUGGGUUUUUUUUUCCUAAGAUUUGGCAAAUGAAGUAGCAAGCCUCAAUUUAUUGACGGGAAACUGAUUCCAUUUUCAACAGUGCAAUUUCUUUUUUCCUGCUCCUCAACACCUGAAGACACUUGUUAUUUUAUGCUGAGAGUACUGCUUAAAGUAACAAUUCAGUGCUGCAGGUUUGGUGAAUGCUUAUCUUGACCUCGGAAAGUUUUUUUUAAACAAGGACAAAAUGUGUGCCAAUAAUUCUACAGUUAUAAAAAUGUUCUCGAGCUUUAGUUGGAGUUCAAGGCAUAUUACAUUAGAUUACCAAGCUAAAUAAACUUGAGGCUAAAAGAAGUCUUUGGAGGAAAAAUAUUGGGUUGCUAAAUCCAAGGAUGCUCCAGUACUUUGAUCUUUUAUGGUGAAUUAAUAUUUUAAAAUUAAUAGUUUUGUUAUGACUGCUUGUUUUUUCCAGGUUCAAUGCAACUCUUGGAAAAUUUGGGAAAUAAACCAAAUUUCAAACUUUAUAAUCAGAGUUGAGUUAGAAAACCACAGUGGAUUGUACAGUAAAACAGCUAUUGAAACUGCCUUUUUGUAUUGUUCCAGAAAUUAUAUCCUAAUAUCAAUUACUUAGGUUUUUGCUUAACAUGGGUUGUAGAUCUUCAGUCAUGGAAAUGUCAUUCUUUAUAAGUCAAAUAUAAAGUUCUUGUCCUUCCUGGAACUUCAGAAAAGUUUGUCUAAAAUUAGAGUAAAAGCAAACGAAGGCUGCUGUGUUGAAAGAAUAUGGCACUUGCAAUUUGAAUGCAAACUGAAAUUCCUCAAUGACAGUUAGUAUUUAAUAAUCCAUGAAUGUGGGCUGUUAUUGUAGAAUGGGCUCUCUGCUACUGUUCAGGAUAUGUUAAUUUGGUACUUUUUGCACUCAGCAGCUGAAAGUGCAGAAAUGUUUUUAAAGCUCAUCUAAAAACAUAGAAUCACAUUCCCAAGUAACCUUGUGUUGAAAUAAUGGGUUGGGGUGGGGUGAAAAGAGGGAACAGAUUUGUGGAGCAUUUAGUGCUGGGGCAGAAUGAUAGUUGUGACUGAGCAUUUGGGGUAUGUUUACUGAAGCAUCGCUAUGUGGUUUACAGAAGGAUUUGCUUCAAGAGAAUCCUCGUUUGUUUCUACCUCGUAUUCAGGGUGUCACCUAAGUCAUGCUGGAUGAUGUAACACUGCUUGUUCUCUCUAUGGUUGAUUUGUCCUCUUACUGCAAAUUCAUUUCAUUAGAUUUUCUCCAAGAACCUUAACACUUCUAUGCAAUUUUUAUGUAUUUGGAUUGAAACACUGUAAUGGUACCACAAUUUCUAUUUAUGUUGGUCCCUCUACUUCGAACAUAAACAUUGUUGUGGACCAAUAUUUGAACUUUUUUUGAUUUUUGUAUUUAACAUUGAUUUGUAGUUUGGACUGGUGCCAUUUGAAUAUUCAAAUGAUUUGUCUUAGGAAGAAUAUUUGACUUUCAUUGCAUUU